GUAUGUGAAAACAACCCCAAAACAAAUCAGACGUAUACUUGUGUAAUUCUAGUCAACAUGUAUUUAUUUAUCCUUUUUCCCUCAAUUCCCUGAAAUUGUUCUAUCCCGACUGGUUCCAUCCUGCAGACCUCCACCAUGAUUGAGCAGCCGCUGCAAUAUCUCCGUUUCUUUCUAUCACUACACAACACGGGCUUUUCCGAUUAGGAUUUUUGCAGCUGAAUAUCGGCUCUUGAGGAAUCUAGCGAUUUGCCUCGAUUUUAGGGUUUUGUUUUCGAUAGGUUGCCACAAUGAUAAGAGGGUUGAGGUGAGUUUAUAGUAAAGUUAGAAAUACUCAUCCCGGACUUCAGACGUUUCACUGAUAGUUGUAGUUCAUUGGCUCGUAGGACUCAGAAGUAUGGACUUAAAUGCAUCACCACAACCAGAGGAUGAUGAUGAGUUCUUCAAACAACAACUAGAGGAGGAAUCUGAAGAACCUAAUGUAGGACCCAUCAUUGAACAUAAAGAUAAUGCAGUGAGUUCUGUAGAAAUUUCCCGCAGGGAGCGUGAUGAAAGGAUUCAACGACUUAAAAGGCAACGUCCAGAUGCCAGGCCGGCAUAUGCACCUCAGCCUCGCAUGCAUGAUGAAAUGUUUCCAGCAAAAAAGCACAGGCCCUCUCACGAGCCUCCUUCAGGUUGGUUGGAUUGCCCUGCUUCUGGACAGGAAAUAGGCUACAUUAUUCCUUCUAAAGUCCCCCUUGGUGAAACCUUCAAUGGAGGUGUUCUUCCUGGCAAGAGAUACUCGUUUAAGCAAGUGCUGCAUCAACAGAGAGUCUUGGGAAGAACGCUGGGCAUGGUGAUAGAUCUUACAAAUACCAAUAGGUACUAUUCGACCCAAGAAUUUAGAAAGGAGGGCAUCAAGCAUGUCAAGAUUAUGUGCAGGGGACGUGAUUCUGUACCUGACAACGAGGCCGUCAACUUAUUUGUAUAUGAGGUUUUACAGUUCCUUGCACGACAGAAGAAUACAAAAAAGUACAUUCUUGUCCAUUGCACACAUGGGCAUAAUCGCACUGGGUAUAUGAUUGUGCAUUAUCUUAUGCGAACAAUGCCUAUUUCUGUCACUCAGGCAAUACAAAAUUUUGCUGCAGCACGGCCCCCUGGUAUAUAUAAGCCAGACUAUAUUGAUGCAUUAUAUGCCUUUUAUCAUGAGAAGAAACCUGAAACGGUUGUUUGCCCCCCAACUCCCGAGUGGAAGAGAUCUGGUGAAUUUGAUUUGAAUGGGGAUGCUAUGCCAGACAAUGAUGAUGAAGAUGAUGUAGGUGCUAUAGCUCCUUCAAAUGUUAUUCAAGAAACGCAAAUUGUAAUGACAAAUGAUGACCUUCUGGGAGAUGGUAUCCCUUCUGAUCAGCAGGAUUCUCUACGGCAGUUGUGCUACCAGUUUCUGAGGUUGCAGCCACCUGGGGGAAGAAAUCCACAAUUUCCUGGGUCCCAUCCAGUUUCCCUCAACAGGGAUAAUUUGCAAUUGUUGAGGCAGCGAUACUACUAUGCCACAUGGAAAGCUGAUGGAACAAGAUACAUGAUGCUCAUCACUAUGGAUGGUUGCUAUUUAAUUGACAGACAUUUUAACUUUAGAAGGGUUCAGAUGAGAUUUCCAUGCAGAGCAUCCAAUUCCAAUGAAUUUAUAGGUGAGACCCAUCACUUCACAUUACUUGAUGGGGAAAUGAUAAUUGAUACAGUACCUGAGACACAAAGGCAGGAAAGAAGAUAUCUUAUAUAUGACAUGAUGGCACUCAAUUUCAUGUCUGUCACAGAGCGACCCUUUCAUGAGCGAUGGAAAAUGAUUGACAGAGAGGUGAUUGACCCUCGGAAACAAGAACGUCAAAAUAUUUACCAAAGUAGAAAUCCAUUUUACAGAUAUGAAUUGGAACCCUUUAGAGUUAGAAGGAAAGAUUUUUGGCUCCUCUCUACUGUCACUAGACUUUUGAAAGACUUCAUUCCAAAGCUUUCACAUGCAGCAGAUGGUCUCAUUUUUCAGGGUUGGGAUGAUCCUUACGUUACGAGGACUCAUGAGGGUCUCUUGAAGUGGAAAUACCCUGAGAUGAACUCUGUUGAUUUCCUCUUUGAGGUGAUUGAUAGUAGAGAGCUGCUUUAUUUAAAUGAACGGGGAAAGAAGAAACUGAUGGACGGGAAUAGGGUUGUAUUCCCAGAUUCUUCAGAUCCAUCAGAGCUCUCCGGUAAAAUCAUUGAAUGCUCCUGGGAUUCUGAUAAUCAAGUGUGGGUGUGCAUGAGGGUAAGAGUAGAUAAAGGAACGCCAAAUGAAUUCAAUACAUAUCGGAAGGUGAUGAGAAGUAUCAAAGACAAUAUCACGGAGGACGUGUUGUUGGGUGAAAUCCAUGAUAUCAUUCGGUUGCCAAUGUAUGCAGAUAGGAUCGACUCUGAAAGCAAACCUCACCAGCAUUCUUCAAGUUCAUCUCGCCGAAGGGGCUGUCAUUAAGUUGGAGGCAGUAGUAACUACUAGCUAGAUACAUUUCACAUUUAGAGCUUCCAUUUGUUGCUGCUUAUUAUUAAUGAAUGGUGUGGUCUAGGAAUACACGUGAGUGGCCCUGCAGUAUUUUAGCUUAUGUAGUCUAUACAUUACAAACUGCAGGGGUUAGAAAUAGAAUCUCAUGUACAUUAGUUGCUGCAUACGUUAGUCAUGUGGUAAAUUGUCAAAAGGGUCUAGUAAAAUUCAGCAUCACUUUGCUUGUGAAUAUGAUCUCCAAAAAUCAGCUUUAGCCAUUCUACUCUAAUACUUUUUUACACAUUUGCUAAAUUUUGGAUUCGUCUUUCACUUGUACUGUUAUCUUAAUUGUCAACAAUGCCAGACUCUCAG